CUAUUUAAAUCUCGCUCGGGUAUCUACGGAAACCAAGAAGUCCUUGGAAUCUCUACAUUCUUCUCUUGUGAAGCAAAACAAUCUGAUCUUUAAUGGCGACCAGUAGCAAAGCUGCAGCCUUUGCAGCUCUCAUGCCCCACAAUGCAACUCCUCAUUCUCAUUCCCUUGCCAAUGUUCCCAUGUGCUUUAGACCCAUGAGUUCAAAGAGUGAGAUGCGCAUCCUGGUUAGUGCUAAAGGGAACUUGAGCUCACUGAGAGGGGGAACUGGUCUUCUUGAGCGACCCACCUUUGAUCAGUCGCAGUUCGAUCCAAUUACUGAAGCUGAAGAAGGAGGAGACAUUGGACAAUUGAGAGAUAAAAAAAGCCUUGGCAGUGGGGACAGCUACAAAGUUUUAUUGAUCGAUGAUGCACGACACACCGAGCAAUUAGUGGAAAAGGCAUUGCCACAAGUUGUUCCAUCUAUAACUGUCAAUGAGGCAAGGAAACUCUUUCAUGAAUCUCGACAAAAUGGCGUUGCAGUUGUUAUUGUUACAGUGAAGGAGCAUGCUGAGUUCUAUGCGCAAAUGAUGAUACGCUCUGGACUCCGAUCAGCCAUUGAGCCAGACUCAGACAUGGCAGCAUGAACUGGUUCACAUCACAGCAGCUUGGGUUUCUGCUGCACUUCACAAAUUUUGAUAUAUAAAACUGGUGGUAUUUCUGUCAUAUGGGAAACAGUAGAUACAGCAGUGAGGAAGUAUAAGAAGAGAUUGUAGAAUGAUCAGUUUUUGUUGCUCUUGUGUAUCCAUCUUGGUAAUAAUUGUGUCAGAAGAGUAUAUACAAUGUAAUGAACUAUUGUUAGUUGGUUCGAAAAAAAUAAACGUAUAUCUCAGAUUAAGCUGGCU